AUGCUUUUCUUUUUACUUUUAUUCUUCAAGUCGGCAAACUCUGUUGAUAACUGUCAAACACUUUUUGUGAUCGAUGGAUCGAGUUAUUCUCAAUCUUUUCGCGGUGAAAUCACCUCAAUCGCUACUACAGCUAGUCUCGCUUUUUCAUCAAGCAACAUCACGUUCUCGGCAAAUUUUUGGGUGUACGGAGCCGGUGAUAAUGAUGAAGAAUUUCCGGAUAGUUUCUUUUUGGCAAGCAACGAUUUUGAUGACAAUGUACGAGAAUUGCAACAAAAUGGUGGUAGCGAAACGAUUUUCGGUGCCACAUCGAAGCUCAAUCAAUGGAAAAUUCAUGAUGCUGUGGUAGUCAUUUAUACAGCUAGUCCGCAAAAUUUCAUCACCCUUGCUGGCGCCAACUACACAGAACAAGCAAGAACGAUAGCUGUGCAUUUAAAUGAUGGAGUCGAUUUAAGUUCGAUUUCAAACUAUCCAAGCCCAGCGAUCUCUGAUUAUAUCAACAUACUUCAGUUGAUAAUCAAUGUUUGUGGAAAUCUCCCGAAAACGACGCCAGCAACAUUCAGCACGACGACAGAUCCCAACGGAUUGAAUUGUUUGCCUUCUGAUCAUCAACCAAUGUACAAUUGUCGCCAAGGAUGGCAAUACAAUUCGAUAACCGGAUAUCAGUACUUGGUGUUUUACAACAGCACUUUCACAGAUGGAGAAGCGUAUUGUGUGAGUCAAGGCGGGCAUUUGACCUCAAUUCACAGUCAAGAGGAAAAUGAUUGGAUCACGAGUUUGUGCUGUCCUUCAUCUUCUCACUAUGAUUAUCAUGGUUAUUAUUCGGCGUACAUUGUUGGUGGAAGAAAGGACAAUAAAACGUUUUCUUGGACCGAUGGGACACCGUUUGAUUACGAGCAUCAUUUCUGCUUCGAUCAUGAAAAUGUGACUGCGGCCAUCAGUAUAACGAAUUGCGAUGAUAAAGGCUGUUGUGCCGAGGGUUCAUGGGUGACUAUUCCAAUUGAACCCGCAGAGCCUCUCAAUUUGUCAUAUUUGGUGUGCAAGAAGAAA